CUUCAAGUCUCCUAGGAAACUCGCGAUGUGUUGUUUUGUUUAUAUUGUUAGGAUCGGAACCGAACGGAAUCUAUUUUCAGUUGAAAAAAUGUCCAACAUAAUUAUUCAAAAUGUAAGGCAACGUCAUGCCAGUGUGAACACCGUGUACCACGCGCUGUACGGGAAUUAUUUUCUAGGAAUGACCAGGAAAGACAUUUCCAAAGUCUACGGAAAAUCCUUAUCCACUGUUUGCGAAUGGUUCAAGAAAUUUGAAACAAACGGGUUUUUCGAAAGAAAGAAACGAAAACAAAUUUUCAAAAAGUUUGGAGGCCACAUGCGUCAAUGGAUUUUUGAUUUGUAUCGAAAGGAGCCAGUUCUGUUCCUGGAGGAAGCGAAGAUUAAGUUCCAGAAACAUUUCCGAAUAAAUAUCAGCGUUUCUUCCAUUUGUUCGAUUUUGCAUGAAUCUGGAAUGUCGUGGAAAACUAUCGAACGCCGUGCCAUUCAAAUUCGUGACGAUGAAAUUGUGCGCUUCGUUAAGGAAUUGCUCGCAAUACCGUGGGAUCUGUUCAACUUAGUUUUCCUAGAUGAAGUGAGCAUCAACAACAAGGACAUAUUACGGCGCAAAGGAUAUGGUAUCGUCGGACAGAAAGUGGUGUAUCGAGGAGAGUUUUGCAGAAUGCCGAGGGUAUCAUUUUUAUGCUUUUUGAACAUGAAUGGAUUGGUUGAUAGUUUUUUUACGGAUGGCACCUUCAAUCGCAAAAAAUUCUUCAACUGCUGCAGGAAUUUUGCCUUGAAAAACUCUCAAGUUCAGAGGUAUCCCGGAUUUAAUUCGAUUUGGAUAAUGGAUGGGGCCCGUAUUCAUUGCCACCCUAAUAUUGUACGCUACCUUCGAUCCAUUGGAAUAAUGGUUAUUUUCUUGCCAGCGUACUGCCCUUUCUUUAACCCCAUAGAAAAUAUUUUUGGACUAUUGAAGAGGAGUUGCAGAAGACAGCACAUUGAUCAGAAACCAGUCCUGUCCGAAAUUUGUGACGCAAUGAACCGCUUCAAAACCUAUCCCUGCAGUAAAUUAUUCAAUCACUGUGGUUAUUUUGCUGGUGGUACUUUUCUUCCCGAAAAAGGCCUAUCCCAAGAUCCCAAGAAUAUGGAUUUCAAUAUUUUUCCGGAUUGAUUAAUAGCUGUAGAAGA